CAACUUCGGGAAAGACUUAUUUUCUAAAGUUUAACUGCAAUUCGAAAUAGAAGAACUUCAUGCUGCAGAAGAGUUUUAUCCGCUUCAGCCCAUGCAUAUGUUUAUUAACGGACAAGUGCGGCAUACGUCUGUCUCCUCGGCACUGUGGCAAAUCCAAUCUUGAACCACAGAAUCUUGGGAAUAUCUGAUGCACCAGUCUCAGCAGCGGAGUGGUCUUUUACAUGGUUAAAUGACGGGCAGGGCUCUUUCUACUCACGUGAUUUCUACAAGCGAGAUAAAUAAAAGGUGAGCUCGAGUCAGUGUACAGAAGACGAACUAACAGGCAAUACGCGCAGUACUGUCGGAAAGACAAACCUUGGGACGUCUGAGCUCGACUUGCGCUCGGGGUUCAGCACGGAUUGUGUGUUCUCGAUUUACAGCAGGCGAGUUUGUUAAAUACAGCGACGUAAAGCUGCUCCUGCGAUGGGGGCGCGAAACACGUGACGUCAUUGAGCCGCAACAACACAGCAUUUCCCGUAAAUCGCCAAGCGACGGAGAAAGAAACACUGGCAGCAGAGGGCAUGGACGAUAUGUUAUACUGUUUUCGCAGUUCGUCGGGAAGGGCGAACAAUCUUUUUGAGGACAAAGUAUGCGACGUUGGCUUCAUGUAGGCGCAACAGGACAGUCGGGAUAAGUUCAACCUGUCCGAACCCUCCCGAGCUCAUCAAGGGGAUUUCCACUCACUCAAGUAACAAUACAUAGUCAUCUAAGAAGCAAGAGCAUGGAGGACUCCAAAAGUGAUUUUAGUUGCCUAUCCUCAAAGACCAUCCCAGCUGAAGAUAAAGGCCCACCAGAUUCAGCACACUUUCAAUGUAUCCAGAAUGAAGAAGCCAAAGAUGAUCAUAUUGGUUUUGAAGAUGUUACAAAGAAAGAUGGCACAAUUUCACUUGCAGCUGGAGAACAAAUUCAUCACAUCCAAGAUGUUCUCAAAUGCCCUAUAAUGAUGGAGAGUGACAGGGACAGUACAGCUGCUCUCUUACCAUCUGGUUGCUCUCAAAGUCACCCUUAUGCCAGCAGAGUCUGCAUCAAAGAAAGCAAGCAUUUUGAAGAGCAGGAUCUUCACACGGAGCAUGGAUCAGUUGACUCUUUGACUUUGAAGCCUACUCAAAAAAUCUCUGGUGAUAAGUGUUCUACUUCCCUUGAGAUUCUUAAGUCAAGUAUGGUUGCAGACAGUGCCACCACUAAAAUUUGGCAUCUGGGUAAUGGAGCUAGACAGUGUCUUCUAAAAGAAGGGCAACAAGCACAAUUUAAUUUACUGCCUGCAGUUAAUAUGGUCAAGAACUUUGAGGAGAAAAAGGAAGACUGUCACCAGCCUCAUGAAUCAGUUUUGGACAUUUUAGCUUGUGAGUUGCCAGUUGAAAAUCUAAGAAAUCAGUACACAUCAAGGCAGAAAGGAGAAGGUCAUGCCAAUGAAUGUGGCAUCGUAUCAAGUUCUGAUCUUAUGGAACAAAAGUACCCAAAUUCUUUCAAGUCAAUAAUCUAUGUUGAAGCAGAGAAAGAAGUUCAGUCAGAUGACUGUUUUAAUGUUCAUUGUAUCUGUGAUCCACCUACUGAAGGUGGGGAUUUUUCAGGCCACCAUGUUUAUACCUCACAGUCGGAGACCACAUGCCAAGGAAAAUGUAACACCUCUUUUGAAUUAUGGCAAAACAGUGAUGAAAAAUCUGUGUCUCAGCAUCUGAAUGAUGGAGCUCAAGAAGAUGAGCUUUCUAAGAUGAAGUCCAUGGAUACUCUGUGUCUUAGUCUGGUUGGCGAAACUGGAGGUGCUUGUUCAUAUGUUGAACUUAAAAAGGCAAUCUUGGGACAGCCAGCAGAAGAGUCUAUAGGAGUCCUCCUGAAGGGAACAAAAGAAUUAGCCAUAGAGGAGUAUGAAAUGACAACCGUGGAGGUGUCAAAACAGUUGACUUUGGAGAAGUCACAAUGGCUGACUGCGGAAGAAUUGAAAGAAACAGUCUUAGAGGAGUCCAAAGAGACAACUGUGGAAGGGUCAAAAGAAGAGACUAUAAAGGAAUCAAAAGAAACGGCCGUCGUAGCUUCUGAGGAGACAACCGUGGAGGUGUCAAAAGAGGUGACUUUGGACUGGUCAGAAGAGCCAAAUGUAGAGAAAUCAAAAGAAACAGCCUUUGUGGGUUCCGAAGAGACAACCGUGGAGGUGUCAAAAGAGGUGACUUUGGAAUGGUCAAAACAGGCAACUGCAGAGGAAGCAAAUGAAACAGUCUUUGAAGGUUCAGGAGAUACAACCGUGGAGGUGUCAAAGGAAGUGACCAUGAUUGGUGAGGAAGAGACAGCUUCAGAGUCAGAGAACCAGAAUGCCGAACCAUUUUCAUAUAGCUAUCUUGAGAAAACAGAUUGGCCUACCAAACGUGGAGUUUGGGGAGCCCGAAGUGUCUGCACACAGUCUUUUAUUAAACAUUCAGUGGAAGAAGAAUAUGGACGGCUUACUAGAGAACAAGGGCAUCAUUUUCUGGAUCAGCUAAGAAAAAUAUACUUACGAAAUUCAUCCAGUUUCUACCUGCUUGAUUCUGGACUUCUUGUUUCUCAGGCUGAGAUGGAAAAUUUCAAUGACAAAGUCCUUGUAAAGAUGCAAGAUGAUGUGAAAUUGGCCCUUACUCCAACUUUGUGUGGGGACUAUCGAUAUCAACUCUACAUUGUCAAACACCUCUAUGACAGCUGGUACAGAGGCAUUGAUAAGGUGACAAAGGAGACCAUUUUAAUGAAGAGAGUGUCAGUGAUAUCUGAAUGGAGGAAACCCUUGAAGAACUUUCUCUUUCUACAACCUAAUCCCAUGACCCUGCUGCCAUAUGGAGUUUUAUAUGACAGAAGUGGAUUUAUUUACUACCAGAUGCAGGAUCAGGAGAUUAGAGGCUUUGAAACACGUUUUGACCACACUGUUUUGAAACGAGAAGACAUCUUUAGGAAGUUCCUCCAGUUUCUUAAGUUCUGCAAACUAAAUCACUUCCAGCCACAUGAUUUCAAUACCUGUAUGCUUCACACACCCCAGGAAAUUUAUUUUGACCCCACAAGUCUUGGAACCCUGGAGGAUCUUGGCUCUUUUAAGAAGGCUCUGAAAGUUGCAAUCAAACAAGCUCUGGAGGAGGAGCCCGAGGUGGCGAAGCAGGUCUUUGACUGGCUGUGGUGCCACUUGGAAGACGACAGAGACUGGCUUGAGGGAGUGGGAUUAAGAGAGUGAUGCCCAAAGUAUCUGCAGUGAGAAAAUACAAAGACUUUUAACCUAAAAAACAGCCUUAUGCUCUUUUUAAAUAUUUAAUGUAGUACUAGGGAGUUGUACCAUGUUAGCCAUUAUGAAUGUAGUGAAAAGU